AUGUCAGUUCAGGUGCUGGUUGUUCCCUUACGCGUGGUUCCAAGGCUCAAAGACCUCACGGAUGAGGAAUCCCUGGACUACAUUCAGACGAUUCAACUGAUCCACAGAUUCAUAGAAAAGGUCUACAAGGCUGACUCCCUCAACAUUUCGAUGCAAGAUGGUGCUGCUGCGGGUCAAUCUGUUCCUCACGUGCACACGCAUAUUAUUCCACGGUACUUUGUAGAUGGUUAUGGUGACAAUAUCUACGGUAUGCUUGAAGAGAAUGAGAACGGUCUAGGUGGAACAUUCAAAAAGGCGAAGAAAUUGGAAGUUGAGGAUGACGGAACUCGCAAACCACGCUCUAUGGAAGUCAUGGAGAAAGAGGCGGAAUGGCUCAAGGAGGAGUUGGCCAAGUUCAUGGAUAAGAAAUAG